UCGCGAGUUCGAAACAGUUGGGAGUUGGACCCACUCCAGCUUCGGCUCUGGGAGGCCCUCUGAGGGGCCUGCCCUCCUGGGGCCAUGAAGAAGGCCGUCCUAAAAGACAAAAACGAAACACAAACUGGCUUCAACGUCAAGUCAUCUGUGCACAACUUGAGCAAAACUCAGCAGACCAAACUCACUGUGGGGAACCUUGGCUUGGGCCUGAUCGUCAUCCAGAACGGGCCCUACCUCCAGAUCACCCACCUCAUCAGGAAUGGGGCUGCGGCCAGGGAUGGAAAACUCAAGCCAGGUGAUGUUCUGAUUAGUGUUGGCCAUGCCAAUGUGUUAGGAUAUACUCUUCGAGAAUUUUUAAAACUUUUGCAACACAUCACCAUAGGAACAGUACUACAGAUCAAGAUUUACCGAGAUUUUAUUGACAUACCCCAAGAGUGGCAAGAAAUCUAUGAUUUAAUCCCUGAGACCAAAUUCCCAGUAACGCGCCCAACAAAGAAAACUGAGGAGUCAAAAGAUGACCUUUUGGCAAGCAGUGAUGACAACGAAGAUGUAGUUUCAGAUAAAAACCUUAGGUAUUAUAAAGACCCAGGGUCCCCUGGGCCUCAGUCUGCAACAAGACCGAUGUCUAUCUCCAGAGAGUGGCAUGGAUAUAAAAAGGAGAACCAUACCAUGAGUGUAGGGAAAGACACUCAGAGUGACGUGAUGAUUCACAGAGAUCACAAGAAAGAAGUGAGAGCCCCUUCUCCAUACUGGACCAUGGUGAAGCACGACAAGGAAAGCUCUUCCUCCUCCACCGCCUCCUCCACCUCAGAUGCAUUUUGGAUGGAAGACUACGCCCAGGCUGAGAAGAGCAAGGUUCCACCUGUAUUGAAAGCUCCCACCCAGGCUGAGAAGAGCAAGGUUCCACCUGUAUCGAAAGCUCCCACCCAGGCUGAAAAGAGCAAGGUUCCACCUGUAUCGAAAGCUCCCACCCAGGCUGAAAAGAGCAAGGUUCCACCUGUAUCGAAAGCUCCCACCCAGGCUGAAAAGAGCAGGGUUCCACCUGUAUCGAAAGCUCCCUCCCAGACUGAAAAGAGCAGGGUUCGACCUGUAUCGAAAGUUGCUUAGGAGGCAGUCUGCAAGUUGGUGAUCACAUAGCAUCUAUCUUGAACACACCCAACUUUUGUGCAUUGCUCUGCACAGGUUUGCUAUACUUACAGUAAUAUGUGCAGACUUCACAAUUCUUUCACAAGAGCAUUGUAAUGCCUUCAGAGACCUUCUUCCAUGUGAUAGCCAAACACUGCCCUGGGGCCGGCCAGGCCUCCCCACCUUAUUCUCAAAAUAGCAAUGU